AUGACAAACAACAGACCCUUCUUCCCCAGGGCCCAUAUGAUAGACGAUGAAGAUGAUGAUGAUGAUCAAGAAUAUCAUUCAUCAGCAUCUUGUCGAUCCUCUACAACCGAUCAAGAUCAAGAGGUGUCAUCUCGCUCAACUCACAGUACAGGUUGUUCUCAUGACGGUUCAUCACAUCAAUCUUCUCAAAGUUCUUGCUCUUCUCCCAACUCAGACUUCAUUCUUGAGAAAUUCCAAAAGGAACUACUAACAACUAUCAAACAGUUGCAACAAACAGACGUAAAAUUCAAGAAUUUCUCAAAGCAGAAAAUGCUAGAGUUUAUGAUGAACAAUAUUUCAUUAGAUGAUGCACAAGAUGAGGACGAAGACAAUGAAACUCAAGUCUCCAUUGCCGAAACGGAUGUAGAUUCGUCUCUUGAAGUGCCAACCAGUAGAUUGAGAAAAGAUUUUCACAUUGAAAGAAAGGGCUUCAAGUUGGGAUCUGGAGCGUUUGGAACCGUGAUCAAAGGCGAGCAUCGAAUGGAAAACAAAAUCUACGCCAUUAAAUUGGUCAAGUUUUCCAAUGAAGAAAAGGGUGCCUCCAAUUCGUGUCAUUUGUCUACCAACGAUAGCAUUCCUGUCUCUAUUGGAGAGGCCAAGGAGGAAGCAAAGAAACUAUCAUCUCUUCAUCAUCCUCGUGUGGUGAGAUAUUAUAGUGUUUGGAUAGAACCCCUUGUUGACGAAAUUGACGAGCUCUUUGACCAUUCAGAUCAGAAGCAAAACAUUACCGGCCAAAAAGUACUGUGCAUGCAAAUGGAAUAUUGUGAAACAACAAUGAGACACGCAAUCAAAAAAAAGCUGAAGAGAGGCGACGCAUGGAAAUAUUUCAUGCAGAUAUUGGAAGUACUUGUAUUUUUAAGUGAGAAAUCGAUUGUUCACAGUGAUUUAAAACCUGAUAAUAUUUUCAUCAAUGGAGGUGAGAUUAAAUUGGGUGAUUUUGGUCUCAGUUAUCAUCACAAUGACAGCCAAAACAUUAACGAGGAUCGUGGUACGGACUUUUAUAUUCCUGGAAAUGAAUCCAGAGAAAACAAUUUGAAAGUAGACAUGUUCAGUCUUGGAAUUAUUUUUUAUGAAAUGUUAACCUAUUUCAAAACUGGAACAGAAAGACUUAAAAAAUUGAAAAACUUGAGGGACAACACUCACUCGUUUUUAUCUCAAUGCCAAGAUUUGUAUGAAAUUGAAAAAGAGCUCAUUGAGAAAAUGCUUGAUGUCAAUAUCCAGACAAGACCUUCAGCAAAAGAUCUUCUCACAUAUUUGUGCAAUCUAACAUUCACAUGUCCAAAAUGUUCAUCAUCUAAACCAAUGUGUGGAACUGCACCUUGGAUUACCCACCUUACAGGAGUCACUCAUGAGCCUCUUGUUGUGCUGGAAAAACUGCUUGAAAAGUUGAAAAAAGUUGGACAUCUUCAUGAAAAUCCAAUUCAAAAUUUGAACUUGAUACUGCAACAAUUAGGAGGACAAAUGUCUGAACAAUUCACGAAAGAUGUGAAUGGAAAUUUUUCAGCAAUGGUAUCCAUUGAUUUUUCAAACUCGCCACCAGAAUUUACCUUGACAAAUUUCACGGAGAGUGCUUCUUGUUUUCGAACAAAAACUGAAGCCAAGCAAGAAGCAUGUCGAAAAGCUGUAGCACAACUGAUGGAGCAAUUAAGAAAAAACAGUUGUGACGAUGAUAAACAAGAGAGCUUGCGUUGA